AACAGGCGAUUCCGAGUGGUCGUUGAAUCGAAACGGACGCCAGGUAGAGUCGUGGACAAGUGCAAUGAAUGGAGGGCCGCGUUCGUCGGUCGUUCAGGCCUAAUCGCGAGGCUGCUGCACUCGACGUGCAAUUGGACCCUUUGUCCCACCGGACGGCUCGAUCUCGUUCUGUGACGCGGAACAACCGUAGCGCGAACUUUUGUGAUUUCUGCUUUUCGUUGAUCGAAAGAAGCAUCGAUAGCCUUCUUACUUUUCACCAUUGACUUUCCAAUAUUAUUCUUGGCCGCAGUUCGAAUACAGACUCGAUUUUUGUUAUCGCAAAAGUGACCAGUGAAAUUUUGAUCCGAGAAAAGAGCGUGGCCAAAGACGUCUGGAGAGAAAUAAGCACUUGAAUGUGAGAUCGGUUCGAUCGAGGGAUCAACGAUGCUGCCGCGAACGGGCGUGAGAGAUCGCGCGGGUCCUGGAAAAUUGAUCGACGAUCGCAGCAACGUCGCCCGCGGCGGAAAAAUGGCCGGCAGAAGGGCUUGAAGAGGAGACGCAACGACGAGAAUGAGAAUCGUGUCAAGAUCGAGCGUUAAGUGAGGGGGAACAUGAAGUAGCGGACAACGGAGUUCCAUUGCCCCGAAGGGCUUUAAACCAGCGACAGAAAGGGAGACAAGCCGACAUGGAGAAAUACGGCGUGGAAUUCCCGAAGCACGAGUGGAGCCACAGGCUCAGUCUUCGCGCCAGUCGAAGGAGUCAUCAGGGUGACACGGUGGCCAGGCCAGUGACUGGGUCCGUGAGGAGCACCAGAAGAUGGGCCAGUUUGAGGCAGCAUGUGAGCAACAGCGAUCGCGGCAAGCCCAGAGUCGAGCUGCUCCUCGAUCCUCCUGGAUCCAAGUCCUCGGCGCCGUCUUCCCAACCCCACACACCGAACACACCCCGUACACCCCACACCCCGCUGAGGAAGUCCAACUGGGAGGUAAUCGAGCACUUCACCGGUGCACCCCGUCCCUCCAUUAUCACGAUGAGCAGGGGCUCGGAAGUUGGGGUUGGUCUCACAACCGGAAGGGAAACAACGCAGGAAGCAAUGAACGCGUCGAUAACGCAACGGCCGAGGAAAUGCGCGCUCUGUCGGUUUUUAAACUCGCUUUGCGCCUCGCACCGUUUCAAAAAUUUGCAGGUGGAGAUGCUGUAUCAAAGAUAUUUCCUGAGAAUGAAUCAGAGCAACAUGACGCACGUGCUUGGACUGCUAGCUGGCUUGGCAAUCGCUCUGGGCCUCCUGUUAAUUUCCAGACUAAUCCUGGAGGACAAUGAACAGUUUCUAGUCAUGCUCGAGAGGCCUGAGAAUCUGUCUUUGGCUGUCACGCUGCUUCUCUGUAUAGCAGUCUACGCUGCUUUGGUGGCGGCGAUAUCCAGGCCAGGAAUGAACGAAAUUUGGCUGGCCGGAGUCAGUGGGAUCGUUUUAGUGACUUUGUUGGCCCUCCAAGUGGCGCUCAACAUCCACCUGGCCCUUGGUUCCAAAGAACAUCGAAGCGGAGGCCCUUUGGCCGCGGCCUGGGCAGUUUGUUUCUUCAUUUAUAUGGCCUACGCUCUACUACCGAUUAGGCUACGACACGCCUGCAUCGCUGGCAUUGCCUUUUCCGUGGCACAUCUGAUCGGCGCGUACGCCCUCUACCCAUCCCAUUAUCCAGCCAUGAUGGAACACUUGCUGAGUUCCAUCGUUGUAGUGGGUGGAACCAACAUGGCGGGUGUGCUGACACAUCAUCCCCGUGAGCUGGCACAAAGGCAAGCGUUCCUUGAGACCAGACAAUGCGUCGAGGCUCGUCUGACCACGCAACGAGAAAAUCAGCAACAGGAACGACUUCUACUGAGCGUGUUGCCCAGACACGUAGCCAUGGAGAUAAAAGCCGACAUCGCUGGCAAACCGAAGGACAAGAUGUUUCACAACAUUUACAUUCAGAGGCACGAGAACGUCAGCAUCCUGUUCGCGGACAUUUGCGGAUUCACGUCGCUAUCGGACCAAUGCACGGCGGAGGAGGUGGUCAGAUUGCUGAACAAACUGUUUGCUUGGUUCGAUACGCUGGCGGCUGAACAUCAUUGCCUCAGGAUUAAAUUGCUAGGGGACUGUUAUUAUUGCGUUUCUGGGCUGCCGGAGCCCAGGCCAGAUCACGCGCGAUGCUGCGUCGAAAUGGGCUUGGACAUGAUCAGCGCGAUCACAUUGUAUCGAGAAGUGGGGGCGGUGAACGUGAACAUGAGAGUGGGCAUACACACCGGAAGAGUCCACUGCGGGGUGCUGGGACUACGAAAAUGGCAAUUCGACGUUUGGAGCAACGACGUUACCCUGGCGAACUACAUGGAAAGCGGCGGAAUACCAGGACGAGUCCACAUCACGAAAGAGACGCUGGAUUGCCUGGGCGGUUACUACGAGGUGGAGGAGGGCAACGGGGGCGAAAGGAACGCGUACCUCAAGGAGAACAAUAUCAAAACGUACCUGAUCGUCCCCGGGGACGCGUUCAAGGGAAGUAUACCGUCGUCCGGGUUGAGAAAAGGUCUGCCAGCGAACGGGAACGUGUCCAAGGAGAUGAGGGUGAUGGGACACGGAUCGCAACACGGUAAACAGACCAAUAGGUUGGGCUUUGGAGAAACCACUGAGAGCAAAAAGGAUCCUGACGACGAGGUGAACGAGUACCUGAUGCGAGCGAUCGAUGCCAGAAGCAUAGAUCGGCUGAGAGCGGAAUAUUGUACGCCUUUUAUCCUAACAUUUCGCAGACCCGACGUUGAAGAGAAGUAUUCUCGCGAAAGGGACAGAAUGCUAUCAGCAUACUUCGUGUGUUCCGGUUUCGUCUACAUGGUGGUCGUGAUUGCCAUAGCAAUCACUCUGUACGGGAGCAUAUACUUCUACACGUGCAUAGCAGUGAGUACGCUGCUGAUCGCUUCGAUCAAUGGAAUCCUAUUGGCGGAAAAAAACGCGAAGGUACCUAAAUCCCUUCGAGAUUUCGCGGUGCACGUUUUUGAAAACCGCGGCGUGGCGCAAAUACUGGCCACGUGCGUCGUGUUCCUGACUUUCAUCACGGCUCUAAGUCCUCUGAUCACGUUGGAGAGCGUGCGUGUCUGCAGCAACGGCACGUCCAUCUCGGAAUGGCUGGAUAAUUCGAGCGUGACGUUCCAGAGCAUCGACACGCCUGACGACGUUUGCUACUACACUGUCUUCGCUGACCUUUUCCCGGUGCUUGUGAUGCUGGUGAUGAUAACCUGUGCGGUCUACCAGAUUCUGACGUCGGUGUUCAAAGUGGCUAUACUCAGUCUGGUGGUGGCUUCCUACCUAGGCAUCAGUAUUUACGAGGCGUUGCACGAGAGGGACGUCGAACUGACUGGAAGAUGGCUGGCGGGCGUUUUGGUGGUUUUCUUUAUGGCCUGCCUGGUCGCCCAUUCGCAACACACUGAGGCGACCUACAGAUUGGAUUUUUUGUGGAAGCUCCAAGCCACGGAAGAGAAGGAGGAAAUGGAGCACCUGAAGGCCUAUAACCAGAAACUAUUGGCGAACAUACUUCCGGAACACGUGGCGGCUCACUUCCUGUCUACUGUCAAUUCGGACGAGCUGUAUCACGAGCAAUGCGACUUCGUUUGCAUAAUGUUUGCCUCGAUACCGAACUUCUCGGAGUUUUACGUGGAACUCGAGGCGAACAACGAGGGCGCCGAGUGUCUCAGACUUCUCAACGAGAUCAUCGCCGAUUUCGAUCAGCUGCUCGCCGAGGAACAGUACAACUACAUCGAGAAAAUUAAGAGCACCGGUGCCACGUACAUGGCUGCAUCCGGUCUGAUGAAGAGCACCUGCGACAUGAAAGAUUACAAGCACGUGACUGCUAUGGCCGACUAUGCGCUCAGGAUACGUGAACAGCUGGCCUCCGUUAAUGAACACAGCUUUAACAACUUCCGGUUGCGUGUGGGCAUCAAUAUUGGACCGGUCGUGGCAGGGGUAAUAGGCGCCAGAAAGCCGCAGUACGACAUUUGGGGUAACGCGGUAAACGUGGCCUCGAGAAUGGAGUCGACGGGUGUCUUGGACGGGAUUCAGUGGCAGACAUUGCCACAACAACUCCCGCUUUCGGGCAGCAAUUUUUUAACGGACUUCUUCGAUAAGGAACACGUGGUCGAGACUAUGAAAACGCUGACGAAAAAAAGGCUGAAUAAUGGAAAGCUUCAUCUGUGGCUAUUCUUGCUGAUCAUGAUGCUCUAUACGUUCCAAAGGGACGAAAAGCCCAUGAGUUAUCUCUACACCCAGCUGGAAUUCAAAUGGGACGUUACCAAGUUCAGCAAUUUCCGAACAUUCCAAUCGACCACCUUCGUGAUAGCGAUGCUAAUCGGAGUUCCAGUGAUGAGCAAAUGGAUGGGAAUGAAGGACACCAUAAUCGUGAUGAUCGGAGCGAUUGCACACGCCGCCGGAAGAGUAAUAUUCGCGAUGACGAAAAUACCAGAAUUGUUUUACGUUGGCGCUGCUGUUGCUGCGUUGGGUCCAGUGGUCGCGCCAGUUCUGAGAUCGAUGACCUCUAAACUCGUUUCCGUGGAAGAACGCGGAAAAGUAUUCGCAAUGUUGUCUGUUUGCGACAACGCCGUGCCGUUAUUCAGCGGUAUACUGUAUUCACAGCUUUACAACGCGACCAUAAACUCGAUGCCCAGCUCGAUCUACUGGCUGACGUUCGCCACUCAAAUCUUAGUGUUCUUUUUCGUUCUGAUAAUUCACUAUUCUGUGAGAAAUGAGCAGUAUUUGGAGCACGAGGACUACACUGGCGGUAAUACUGGGAGCUUGUCCUCGUCCUCGUCCUUGUCUUCUUUAAAAUAUAGCACAGCCACUAAGCACGAUAAACAAUAGCGUUGGAAAAUCACGACGCGUAUAGUUUAAUUACAAAUUUCAGGGUGAAAUUACUGUUUGAUAGAAAUGCUCGAAGGUGGCGAAGGGGAG